GUGGAAGAUGGAGCGGGGACUGCAACGCACCCCGCAACUAACUUCGGGGGGCGCCCUAAUUCACCCCACUCUUGAUUUGGGGUGCAAGGCACCCCAUCUUCCCUCGCGCCGUUUUGCAAACAGGGCAACGCAGGAAAAUUAUCGCAUUGCUCGAGCCUAAACCCGAUCACUGUAUUCCCGCGGGGAGGUCAGGCCGGAAACGGAUCCGGCGAGUUCACACGUGCAAUCCGCAGUCAUGCGCCCGGGAUACGGGUCAGUACCGCGCAAGCGUGUGGGAGGAGACUUUCUUCCCUUUGGUGUUGGGAAUCAGGCCGGGGAUGGUUUUUCGGGUCGUGUGAAAUGGAGGAAGAAAAUGGGGUCGUGGGGAAAGGUCCUGGGACCCCAACACUAGGGAUUCGCGUGGAAAUACACCUUUCCGUCUUCCUCACCCUGUUUCCAGCUGGGACUCCCAUGUUUUCCUCGGCCACGGCGAACGUGCAAUGGAGCGUCCAGUUUGACCCUUCCCCGUCCACGUCGUCCGUGGCAUCCCUGACCUCCAUUCCUGGACGCAAGCGGAAAGCCAACUUCUCCAACGAUGAGAUGGAAACCCUGGUGUGGAAUGUAGUCCGGCAUUUCGGCGCCUUAUACGGUUCCGAAACCUUCCGGGCGCACCCCGCACGGCGCAAACAGCUCUGGACACAGAUCCAAAGCCGUGUCAACUUUCUCGGCUACACCGAGCGCUCGAUUGAUGACCUGAAGCACAAAUGGAGGGAUCUACGGCUGGACGUCAAGAAGAUCACCGCCCAAAAGAGCCCGGCCGUCCACCGGGCCAGAACCCCCUGCAAACCACGGUUGACCCCCCUGGAGAAGGUGGUGGCUUCUACAUUCUUUCAGCCCACCCAUGAUUCGGAACCAGAGAUCGUCCUGGAUCCCGAGAUUUACUUCCCGGGAACCUCCAAACUGAGGUUUGGGCCCAUGCAGGAUGCAACCAGCCACCCCAAUAUUUACAUCAACACCAACGGGCAGCCGUCCACUCUGCCAGAAAUGGAGGAGUUCGUUGGGCCUCGCCUGGGUGUCCAGAGUCCAGACCCGUCAGUAAUUGGAGACUACAGCAGAGGGGAAGAGGAGAGCAGCUCUGCUGACUCCGGUCCAGAGCUCCAGAUUCCCGAAAAGUCGACUGUCUCCCCCCCACUGAGAAAUGACUGCCUGGUUUCCUACACUUCCGAAGAGGAGGACGCGGAAGGCCCGGAUGGGAAGGAGGGUCUCCAUCUGCCAUUCUCAGCCGAGGAAGACCUGAAGUUCUCCAGUCGGCAGGCGAUGCUCCUCCGUCGCUGCGGUUCGAGGAGAUCGCCUGCAUCCGAGCCAGAGGACAUGUUUACUCCGGUGGGUGGUCACUCUGAGUGGGGUCACAGUGGGCGUGCUGACCUUCCAGUCCUGGGACCCCAGACAGAGGAGGAAGGAUCGGAGCCCCCCAAUACUGAUCUAGGCUCCUUCCCACGGGGACUGAUGGGUCCGGAGUGGGAACAGUCGUAUGAGGAUCAGCAGCUGCCGCCGUCCAUAUCUCCGCUUGGUGCAGGGACUCUAACGGAGGAGUCCCUGCCUCCUGUAUCACCUUGCAAAGACGCAGUAGCCCCUUCGCACUCCUUGCCACGGGGAAUCGGGGCCUUCCGCGCAUGGGAGAGCUACCGAGGACCUUGCAAGACCACCCUCCAUCGCUUAAUGGAGAUGGAAGACCAGUGGGAUCAGCUCUACCACCACGAGUUAGCUGUGUGGCAGGAAGAACGAGCCCAGCAACGGGAGGAGCGGGCUAGAGACAGGGACCUCCAGCUGCAGCUGCUGGCUGUCCUCACCGAGAUCCGCGACAAGCUGCGGUGUUUGCGGCAGGAACGGGCAACUUCUCACCAGGAGUGUGCUUCGCAAAGCGGCACUGCGCUCACCGCGCCAUGCCUGCCUCCGAAACCCGAGGUGUCACUUCCCAAGUCAUUGUCUCUACAUGCCCCACUGUUCUACCCUGGCAAAACUGAAUCUUGCUUCACGGGAACGCCUUUGCUGAAUGGCGGGCGGGGACAGAGGGGUGCCGGGCUCAGAAGUCCCCAGGGUAUCCCCCGGCGGGGCAGGGGGCGUCCCCGAGGGUCCACAUCUCGUCACAAAAGGUUGUUGGUGAGCAGCAGAUAGGCGGGAUGCAGGUUGCCAAGCCCAGGACUAACAGACAUCUCAUGUGGAAGGACAUGUGGACAUGCCAUGCGCCCCAAACACCCAGGAUAUGCAGCGAGCGUGAAAGGCAUUGGAGUGCAUUUUCCCACAAAAGUCUUUAACAUCGGAACCCAUGUUGCAAAUAUCUUGAGCUUUUUUGAUAACGUGGGAUGAAUUAAUAAGCAUAGUGAUCAAUGUAUGACCUGCAUGCAAGUGAAUAUGCACUGUGUACAGGAAGUCCUCGACUUAUAACCACUUCCUUUACUGACUGUUCCAAAUCACGACGACCAUUCUCCACCCUCACGGCCGUUGCAGCCUCCCUGUCAUGUAAUCAAAUGCAAGAUGCUUGGCAACUGGCAUGGACUUAUGACAGUUGCAGUGUCCCUGGGCCACGUGGUC